AGAGAGAGGGUUAGUAAGUGUAAGGAAUAUGUUUAAGCAAGGCUCAAAUUGAGCUCUAUUAGCGUGAUUCUUCUGUAAUAUGGGAAAUUAAUGGUCAGACACACAGACUCUCAGGAAUGAUUGGACAUUUCUUGAAAUAAAUGGCAUGCUUUUGCUGGUCCAUUUCUGCAAGAAGUAAAGCUCUUGGAUGAAAACUUCAGCUUCACGCACUCGCAUACUGUAGGGUGUCAACUGAUCAACAAAGCAGAGUUGCAGUUGUGGAGAACUGAACGAAGGUGCUCAGAAUACGUUUGGACUAUUGCGCCUGAUUUACAAAAAACAUUAAAGCAAACACAAUAAAGGGGAAUUGCUUUAACAGUGAGAGUCAUGCACUGACAGAGGUAUGGAGACCAGUUCAGGAGAGGCAGGUUGGGAUGGAUCAGUCCAUGCAACUGCUGGAUGGACCAACUUCACCUUCUAUUCACUGUCAGAGCAUCCUGGACUCAACAGCACUUUCAGAGGUGGACAGUACUUCUGGUUGCCAUCUCAAAUCAGCUCCAUCAACCCAACUCAUGCCCCUGCUCUCCACAGAGGUCGGGACGUUUCUCUAGCUCGAGCAGAGAUUGCAGUUCUGGGUUUCGUUUUCGCUCUCACAACACUAGGAAACAGCAUUGUACUGUGGGUUCUGCUGAGGAGACGUAAAUACAAUGCACCCAUGCACCUUUUUAUGGUCAAUCUGUGUCUGGCAGACCUCGUGGUGGCAUUUUUUCAGGUGCUCCCUCAGCUUUUAUGGGAUAUCACAGAGAGAUUUCAGGGUCCUGAUGUGCUGUGUCGCUCAGUGAAAUAUCUGCAGAUUGUGGGAAUGUUUGCAUCGUCUUUUAUGAUUGUUGCGAUGACAGUGGACCGCCAUAAUGCCAUCUGCUGCCCCCUGCAGGCUUACAGAGGAGGGGCUGUUUCGUGUUGGAACACACCUAUCCUGGUGGCUUGGGGGAUGGCCUUUGUUCUCAGUGUGCCACAGCUAUUUAUUUUCUCAAGGUCAGAGGUCGCUCCAGGUGUGUUUGAAUGCUGGGGGCAUUUUGCUGAGUCCUGGGGUCUGAAGGCUUAUGUCACCUGGAUGACUGUAGCUGUGUUUGUGCUUCCUACCGUCAUUAUCACCAUCUGCCAGGUACGGAUUUUCAAAGAAAUCCAUGACAACAUCUACCUGAAAUCAGAGCGUGUGGUUUCUGCUGAUAUGAAGAAGAACAUGGUUCUCUUUCACCUUCCCAUCCUCAAGAAGCAGGCCAGCACGGUCAGAACGAAUGUCAGCAAUGGUGGAGAAACGAGAGAUGACCCAAAUAAAGCGAACAACAACAAGGGCUCCUCUCGUUCUAACGCAUACAACUCUAAGGAUUCACCAGAUUCACACUGCCGUGAAACAUCUUGCAAGGACAGCUACAGGUCCAGUGAUGUGACUUCACAGGCUCACAGUUAUAGUCCCAAUCACAGCAGGGUUCCAUCAUCUGAACACUGUGAUUGCUGUCAGACCUCACAUGAUCACUCUGUUCUCGAGAAGAACUCUUACAACAACACCACAGAGGAUUUGAACAAUUCCUCCAAGUCCUCUUUACCACCUUUCCGCCUCCCUCCACCUCCUACAGGCGUGUCUAAAGCCAUGUCAAAAACAGUGAGGAUGACUCUGGUCAUUGUGCUGGUCUAUACCAUGUGCUGGUCCCCCUUCUUUAUUGUACAGCUCUGGGCAGCCUGGGACCCCAACCCACCCUCCCAAGGUGUGGCAUUCACAAUCCUCAUGUUACUUGCUAGUCUGAACUCCUGCACUAACCCGUGGAUCUACACAGCCUUCUCCAGCAGCGUGUCUCGUGAACUUUUAGCAUUGCUGCGCUGUCGGCCAAAGCCCCGCAGGAGCUCCCUCCACGACCACUCCAGUGACAUCCAUACUUCCACAACCAAGGACAACUAGUUCUAACCCCUACACAAAUAACCAAGCCUUGCGCCUCCUGAAACUCAAUUGGAGAUUUAUAGCUGCAGGUGAAUCUGCCCAACGCUGUGAGAUAUAAAUAUUUAAUGACAUCUGCUAGACGUGGAGGAUUCACAUGAUCCAUUCAGAGCUGCAUAAGAAACAUACAGUAUAUGCAUGUGAGAAUAAUGACAAGACAGGACCUACGUAUCACAUUACAAGAAUUCAUGAGAAUUUUAUACAAUAUACGACUAGCUGGACCAUUGAAUACAUGACCGUUCCUUGUUUCAAUGACCAGGAAAAAGAAGAGCUUUAGAAGACAAAUGAUAUGAUUUAUUUACAAUGCGUUUUAUCAAUUCUCCAUUAUUGUGGAUGGGAGAUGAAAACAGGAGUCUUAACUCUGGAGGAGGGACGGAUCAAGGCUUUAACCCCAGAGCUGGUUGAUUCAUUCAGUUCUUCUGUCAUAAGUCUUCUUUGGAUUCAGCGCUUUCAUGGCAAGGACUGUGGAAGAGUUAUGUGAUGUAUGCGUUGAAACUGUAUCCUGGGGACAGUUAUGAACGCAGGCCAAAAUAAAUGAACAAUCAAAAUAAGAAGCAUCGUAAAAUGGAAAUGUUAAAAAUCAGAUGAGCACAAGAGAAUAUAAAGACGCUUAUUACGAAAAUCCAAGACUUAAAAGUCAAUGUGAUAGUUUCCAUAUUGGACUAAACACAGCACAUGUCCACAAACCCAUCACAAGUUGUUAUACAGUGACUGAUUUGUAUUUUAAUAUGACAGUUAUUGAAUAAUAAGGAAACUGUGGGAAAAUAAUUAUCUUAAUUAUCUUAAUAAUUAAGUGUUAUUUAUAGAGCACUUACAAAUCACAUUCAUAGAUGCUAUAAAGACAGCAUCAUGGGAAGUCAUAAAAAUAGAGGAAAUGAAAUACAAUAAUAUCAUGUUAUGUAGAGUUCCCUGAAUGCCAGUGAUACAGUAAGUAAACAGCUCUUCUCUUAUAAUAGUAUGUAGAAUGGUCACUUUAAAAGACCAGACUAUGUAAUAUAUAUAUAUGGAUAUUGAUGUAGAGAUUUUGUUUUCUUUGUAAACAGUUCUUGUGAAUUUUUUUACCUUUUAAGGUUAAAUUGAAAUGAAGGUACAUAAUUGUUAUCACAUCAAAGGUACAGUUGUUACAUUUAGCAAAAGAUUCACAAUAGGAAACGAUACAAAAUAGUAUGUUAUGAAAACACUAAAUCCAUAUUAAAGGGAUAGUUAGCCCAAAAAUUAAAUCUUUUCUAAUGUAUCUACACUUAUGUCAAUUCAAACCUACUUGACUUUCUUCUGAAGAACACAAAAGAUUAUGUUGAAGAACAUUAAUCAAAAAACUUUGGCCACCAUUGACUUCCUUAGUAUACGGAUACAAAACUACUAAAAUAUCUUGCAAAAUCUCUUCAUAUUUGAAGAACAUGAGGGUGAAUUAGAAAGUAGGCUACACGUUCAAAUUUAUUGCAAAUAGUUUUAAUUAUCAGAAUCAUACUAUAUACUUUAUAUUAUAUAUUUAUCAUGGUAACAUGCAUGUCACAGUAUAAUAGUAUUGUAUUGUUGUGAAUUAUUAUUUUUGUACAGCAAUCACC